AUGGCCGCUAUUGAUACCCUACCAGUUGAACUUGUUGCAAAUAUCGCGAACUAUCUGUCACCUCAAGAUGUCAAAAGCGUGAGCUGCGCCAGCUGGUUCAUGCGCCAUGCUGUUCUUGGACUCCUCUUCCGAACUCUCGUUAUUCCAUGCCCGCUGGCAUCUACGCAAGCUCUAGAAGAGCUCAUUCACAAGUAUCAAGACUUUAUCUCUAUAGUUCACUUGCACGUGUCCUUUCAACCCAACAAGAUGGACGAGCCCCACGACGGUCCUAUGCCCGGCGUAUGGGGGGCGGCCCCAACAGAUACACUGCAAAAAGUCACGCGAGGCGACAUCCUUAGUAAUGUCCGUUCUUUAGUCCUCGAGUUCAACGGAGCAACAUUUGGACGUGGUGGCUGGUGGGGUGAAAACGCAUCCUGGGCAAUUGCAAAUAUGCCCGGCAACAUCUGUGACAACGAGGAGGAAUGGGAUGAGACACUGCAGCAAGAACAAGAGAUUAUAUGGCGUGCGCAAUAUAACGAAGUCAUGCGAGCCAUAUCGGUAAACCAAAACAUCACGAACCUCAGGAUAAGAAACCUCAUUGCCAAGAACGCGUCCGCAUGGGAAACACCAGAAUGGGCGUCUUUCUUGGGAAGGCUGCAGGUGCUGGAUAUUGGUAUCUUUGGCGGUGAUGACGGCGAUUGCUUGCACACAAAGCCCGGAUUCAUAGAAUUCAUCGAGAACUUUCUGCCGUACUACGUUAUGAGGCAUGCGCGGAACGUCAAGCAUCUGACCCUCGAAGCCACUCCGGACAGUCUGUUUGGAGGGGCAUCAGCCAACUACUGCAUCCCUCUACCCUUGAAGGAAGACCACUUCCUCUUCCUCCAUUCACUCACGCUUAAAAAUGUCAUGAUCGGAUCUGACCUGGUAGAUUUUCUCAAGAGUCGAGUCGAUUGCUUUGAAGAGCUUGAGUUACACGACUGCAUGUGCGAUGGGCCUGAGCCGGAAUACGGACCUGGGUGGAACUUAGAACCCAUGACUUGGGCUAAUCUUUGGAAGUCCAUGAGGGAGAGCGAUAUGCGGCUCUUUAAGGUAUCUGUCGUGCAGAACAAAACACCUCCGCUUCUAUGGCAGGAGGGUGAGAGCGAGGAUGAUGCGAAUGAGGAUUCUAUCGCGGCGGCGAGGAUUCGAAGGAUGCUGGAGGAGGAUAGAAGCUUGGUGGUGUGGAGAUAUGUUAGGGUUGAUUAUAAGUAUGGUUGGAUUGUGGAACUGUCUGAUGAUAAUGUUAAGUAUUUUGAAGAGGGUGAGGAUCAACGGGAAUAUGUGAGGCUUUUGAAGGUGUUGGAGCAGAGGAAUAAGCAGCGAGGGUAA